GAGGCCUCCGGCGUCCCCGCGCAGCGCGCGGGAGCCGCGCUGGGCGACGCUCCGGUAAACGGAAUCGUGCAAAUAAAAGUUGGUUUAUGGACACGCGGGUCCUGGCCCUGAUGUGCUCAGAAGGAAGCAAGUAGUGCUGCUGUGGGUUUCUGCUGGGCUCCCUUAGCGCCUAGAAGUGACACGGUUGGGGGUGGGGGGAAUUGUUAUGAUGAACUGCUGAGAGAAUUUUGGUUAAUUAGUGUUCGGGCUUAAUGACUUUUAGUCAAGCUUCUCUUAGUUUAAAUACGUUUUUGCUGAGAAGGCCUCAUUAGGACAAACUAGCAAGUCUUGCUCCCUCAGGAUGGUGAAGCUUGCACCCGUGCUGUGGAAAUAGUUUAUUUUGAAGAGAGAAAAAAUGGUGAGGGCUUCUCUUCAAAUUCUGCAGCUAGAGUCAGAAAGUGGAAGGCUUAAAAAACGAGAGGUGUCUUAACACCAUUGCUUGAGCUGCCUUCAGAUUGCAGAACUGGACACUUUUUAGUGACUACAGAGUGAUGCUUUAUGAGUUUGUCCAGUUACAGCGAUUAACUGCAACUUUUGCAUAGAAGACUUGUUCCUAGGGCUGUUUGAACUAUUGUGUCCUUCAGUAUGAGUUGGAAGUCUCAAAUGUUGAAGUUGUACUCAUUCAGUAUUUCUUCCUAAUUUCCUCAUGCAGUGUAUUGCCUUGCUUUUCUGGGCAUGCUCUAUGAGGUCUCCAGCACUCUGCGGUUUCAUUCAGUUCUUCUUACUUUUUCUGCCCAUAGCAUGUACUGUUAAUGUCUUACCCCGAUCAGUAGUCACUUCUUUGAAACUGUACUUCUGCACUAACCGUACAACUCACUGCUUCUUGUGCUUGUAAUCACUUGGAUAGCCAUCCAAUUGGAGCCUGCUUGGAAACUGGAGCUACCCAAGGUCUCAGCCAGCCAGAGCUUAUUCCUUUGGAGGAUGGUUUAUUCUGUGGUGUAGCAGGGGUUUGUCAGAUUUGAAAUGAGGUUCAGUGCUAACUACUAGAGGACGUAGAGUGAGGCAAAUAUUAGCUCAGGCUUUGGAAUUACUUGCUACAUCUGAACCGCAACAUUUCUUCCCGAUGGACAAACUUUGUGGAGUCACCAUGCAUUAAAGAUGCUUGCUGAAGGAGUUGGAUAAAUUCCUUGAAGGGAAAAGGAAUUUUGGAGAAGUCAAUAGAGAAGUCUAAUGAUGACAAGCUACUCAGGAUGACAAACUGGCCCUGCAAGUUCUCCUUCAGAUGCUGUCAAGAUUGACUCCAGUGCACUCAAUUAGGACGAAAAUUAUGUGUACUGAGAUGCUUCUCUGUCUGGUCACGUGUUAUUUUGAAGCAGCAAAAGACAGUAAUCAUGAUGAUGAGGUACCAGAAAAGGAAGUAAGAAUAACAGCUGGUGUCUGAAGUUGUAGUUGCAGAGACAGACAGAAGGUGAGAUGCUGGGGUUGAAGACGGAGGAUUCAGGACAUACACCAGAGCCCUUGAGUGUCUGGAGAUGGAGAUGCAUGGCAUUUAAUACACCUUGGAAAAUGGACUCAGAAAGGACACCUGCAAAGUGAUGCCUCUUCCAACACUAAUGUUCUUUCUCAAGUGAAUUUAUACUCUUUAUUCUGGUCAUAACCUUUUGGAUAGUUUUUUUUCCUAAAUGCCUUUCCUUGUGGCUUCAUCUUGCUUGUAUAACUCUUGUUUAUACAGUCAGAAUUUCUCUGUAUGUCUGUGACUUGCUUCUUCACUUAUAUGUUGGUUUUUACAGUACAAAGCAUAUCAUUCUUACUGAUUGAUACCUUAAGCAAUUCAGUGAUUGAGAAAAGCAAAAGAACUCUUACAUACAGAUAUUGUUUGUGUACCUCAAGUUGUUUUGAAUCAGUUGAGCAAUCAACAGGGAUUUCUUGUCUGGAUUUGUUGUGGUCAAAAUGAUUGGAGUGAUGUGGCUUGACAGCUGAGGGGGGUUUGCUCCCUCAGUUAAGGAUGUUCUUUCAGACAUUGUGCUUCCAGGUACUCUGUAUUGUAUAGUUAGUCUUCUGAACCUUUCAUGGAGCAAAAGAGACUAGAAAAGCUGCUUGAGUGUCUGCAGAGUGUUCUGGAAGCUGUGGCUGGCAAAGAUAUUUCCACCUGGCUUUUAAUCACCUAGUUCUUAAAAUCAAUGAUAGUCCAGUUGCCACUUCCUAAUCAGAAUGGCACUACUUAUUCUUGAUAUAUAAUCACUGCAGAUGUAGAAGAUCCUUAAUUUCUGAUCACUUUGGGUUCUGUGUUCUUCUGAUGGUUGUGCAGGAUAAAAUCAAGAUCCUCCUACGGGUCAAGUGUUUACUGUAAGUUUUUUCACACGCUCACUAGUGCAGUGUAAUCCUGCUGCCUUGAUACAUCAAGAGAAAUGUUAGCAAAAAUCUGAGCCUCGUGGCCUCAGUGGAUUGUUACUGAAGUGUGGAUCCAAGACGUUUGUAUUUUGUUUAAUUUACUGGAUUUUUAAUUGAUCAAGGUAACAAAGCAUGGACAGGACUGCCAAAUAUCAGCUGAGAUGUACAAGGAUAGAAGAAAAAAACCUUUGUAUGGGUGCUUACACUAUGAGAAUGCUCAUCCAUGCAAUCUGUACAUAAAAUAUUUAAUCCUGGAGUGUUUUAGUGAUAAGCGGUUGCUUGUCAGUAGCUUUGUAGUCACUGAGGGAAGAUUAACAAAAAAUGUGUUGAGUAAAAAUAAGGUUAUAGGAUUAGUGAAGUCUUUCAGAGUUACCAAAAUGAAGAUAAUUUCCCCACUCCCCCCAAGAAACCCGCUCUGUGGCCAAGUCAUUUCUACUAAUAAUCCACUGAAUGAACUGUCUGAAAAGGUUUAGUAAAUGUUAUGUUUAAAAUAAAGUGCUACUUUACUAGUUUAGAAAAAUGCUCAUAAUCAGUAAAGUUUCACCCUCUCUAGUGUUCUGGAAAACAGCUUGGCCUGUUGUCCCAUUACAGCUCUGCCUUUUUAUUAUCAAAAUGCUGUGGUAAAUAUGAUGGGUUUUUUUUUCCUUUAGACACUGUCUUACAAGGACUUCAGCCACCACCAAGGAAGACUGGCAGUGCAGCAAUACUUGUAUUCAGCAGUGAAGUACAGUUGCUCUUUAGUAGGCUUGGCUUUUGGUUCAUACUGUGACUUCUUACCAGAAUUCCAGAGAAUGGGUAGUCUUGCCCAGAUAUGAAAAACAGUAUCUCUAACCAAUAGUAUAUUCUUUGGUUUUAUUUUUGUUUGUUAUGUAGCUUUAGAAUUAUUUCCUUCUGUUAUGCACUCUUCUGAAGCUAAUGGAACUUCUGCUGCUCCUGAUGAGACUCAGUUUGGUAUUGUUCUCUCUGCAGCCUUUCACAUGUAAGAUUUUUCUGGUGUGUUCUGUAUUUAGCAGAACUGAGAACCGUGAGCCUGAUUACAUUGAUUGUUAAUGAUGAUUUGGGAACAUUACAGUGGUGGUUUUGUGUAAUACCCGAAGUUGCUUUAAGAAGUCCCUGGAGAGGUUUUUUCAUUGCAAGUUGAUUUUUUUCAGCUUUAAAAUCAACAUCGAUAAGCCUUUUCCUCAUGACCAAGUGAGGAAGAAGUAACUGAAAACUGUUGCUUGUUUGAUGUCAGUAGGAUUGUUAAAUUCACUGUGUGAGUCUUUCUUUUCUGUUAUCAAACACCUCUUUCUAGUGUAGAAUGAGCUGCUGAGAGUCAGUCUAGACCGGUGGUUUGGGUUAUCUUGUCACCAGCCUAGGAGUUGGACCAGUCAGAGACCAAGCCUCUUUGUAAACUGGAGCUGUUCAAUCUGCUUUAACUGAAACUUGUUUCUGGGUUUGGUCUAGAUCUCUACUGCUUCACAUGAGGCUUUGGGAGUGUUUAUGUUCUGAUUUAUUAUGUAGAGUUUGAAAGGAAUGGUUUGAGAAAGCUUUAUAUAAAACAAAUUACUAACGGUUAUAAAGUAAGAUCAGAUAUAUUUAUCUUUGUAUUAUUUAUUAAGCCCUUUUUUUUUUAGUUGGUUUAACUGAUUUUUUUUCUGACAAUUUAGAUUUAUGGUUGCCUAAUUUUUAAGUUGUUACCAUUCCUGAUAGAAAUUCCUCGCUUUUGUUGAUCUUUAAGGGAAGGGGGGAAAAAAAGCCAAGUGAUCAUAUUGUAGGAUUUUCCUGAAGCGCUACGGAUUUUCUUAAGCAGGCACUGCUUGUCUCUGCUUGUCUUCUUAAACAGAGCAUGAAAAGCUGUUCAAAAAAUGCUGGUUCUGCUUACCUUCAAAUAAAAAAAAAAAAAAAGUCCUAGUCAUUUCUCUUUUGAGAAUUAAAAAAUGCUGAGAAGACCAAAUAUUCAAAAAAGUGAUCAGAUGAGUGAAAACAGAGCCUUGGAGGCAGGGAUUUGUAGCUGAUGUAUUUACCUCAUGGAAUUUGUUGAGGUGUUUCAAAGAGUAGAACCUUUUGUGAAAAGAUCUUAAGCUGCUCUUUUAGUAAAUUCCCUUACGAGAUAGACAUUUUGUGUGUGUGGGAGGGAAAGGAUUCUGUCAUUAUUUAAGGGAAGUUAGAAGUUGUUAGUCUCUUUUUAUCAUGUGUAUUCCUAACAUAGGACUGUGAAGGAUGUGGUGGGAUUCAACCCAUACUCCUUUUCAAGGGUGGUAAGGCAGGGUGGCCCAGUUUUUUUAAUUUAAAAUCUGAGCUGACUUUAUGAGAAGGGUGAAAACCCCCUGGUCACUUGAUCUUUUUUAAAAUUGGCCAUGGUGACAGUGUAUGCUAACCGAUGUUCUAAUUUCUUGUCUUCUCUUACUAAAUCUUCCAUCUUACUCAGUCUUGCAUCACAUCUUAGGUUCAGGUGCAAGUCCAUCCUAAACUUUCCUCUACUGAAGAUGCGUUACAGUAUGUGGAGGAAUUAAUUCUCCAGUUGUUAAAUAUGUUGUGUCAAGCCCAGCCAAGAAGUUUUCUGGAUGUAGAGGAUCGUGUUCAAAAAAGUUUUCCCCACCCUAUUGAUAAGUGGGCAAUAGCUGAUGCCCAGUCUGCUAUUGAGAAAAGGAAACGAAGAAAUCCGUUAUCGCUCCCAGUAGAAAAAAUCCAUCCCUUAUUAAAGGAAGUUCUAGGCUACAAAAUUGACCACCAAGUGUCUAUUUACAUAGUGGCAGUAUUAGAAUAUAUUUCUGCAGACAUCUUAAAGUUGGUUGGGAAUUAUGUGCGGAAUAUAAGACAUUAUGAGAUUACAAAACAGGAUAUUAAAGUGGCAAUGUGUGCUGAUAAGGUAUUAAUGGAUAUGUUCCAUCAAGAUGUAGAAGAUUUAAGUGCACUAACUUUAUCUGAUGAGGAACCAUCCACCUCAGGCGAGCAAACCUAUUAUGACCUAGUGAAGUCAUUUAUGGCAGAGGUUCGACAAUAUAUAAGAGAACUAAAUCUCAUUAUUAGAGUUUUCAGAGAGCCAUAUGCCUCCAACUCAAAACUAUUUUCAUCUCAUGAUGUGGAAAAUAUAUUUAGUCGUAUAUCAGACAUUCAUGAACUUAGUGUGAAGUUAUUGGGUCAUAUAGAAGACACUGUUGAAAUGACAGAUGAAGGUAGUCCUCAUCCACUAGUAGGCAGCUGUUUUGAAGACAUGGCAGAGGAACUGGCAUUUGACCCAUAUGAAUCAUAUGCACAAGAUAUUUUGCGACCUGGUUUUCAUGAUCAUUUUCUAAGUCAAUUAUCAAAGCCAGGAGCAGCAUUUUAUUUACAGUCAAUAGGUGAAGGCUUUAAAGAAGCUGUUCAGUAUGUUCUACCCCGGCUGCUCCUUGCUCCUGUUUACCACUGUCUUCAUUAUUUUGAACUGCUAAAACAAUUGGAAGAAAAAAGUGAGGAUGAAGAGGAUAAAGAGUGCUUAAAGCAAGCAAUAACUGCCCUACUAAAUCUUCAAAGCAGUAUGGAACGGAUAUGCUCCAAAAGUCUUGCAAAACGAAGGCUUAGUGAAUCUGCAUGCCGAUUCUAUACUCAGCAGAUGAAGGGAAAACAGCUAGCAAUUAAGAAAAUGAAUGAAAUCCAGAAAAAUAUUGAUGGUUGGGAGGGUAAAGACAUUGGACAAUGCUGUAAUGAGUUCAUCAUGGAAGGAACGCUCAUGCGUGUAGGAGCAAAGCAUGAGAGACACAUCUUUCUAUUUGAUGGCUUGAUGAUUUGCUGUAAGUCAAAUCACGGCCAGCCAAGACUUCCUGGUGCUAGCAAUGCAGAAUAUCGCCUAAAAGAAAAGUUCUUCAUGCGAAAGGUACAGAUCAAUGAUAAAGAUGACACUAAUGAGUACAGACAUGCUUUUGAAAUCAUCUUAAAAGAUGAGAACAGUGUUGUUUUUGCUGCUAAAUCAGCUGAAGAGAAGAACAACUGGAUGGCAGCAUUGAUAUCUUUGCAAUAUAGAAGCACUCUGGAAAGAAUGUUGGAUGUAACAAUGUUGCAGGAAGAGAAAGAAGAGCAGAUGAGAUUUCCAAACCCUGAGCUUUACAGAUUUGCAGAACCUGACUCUGAAGAGAAUAUUGUGUUUGAAGAAAACAUGCAACCCAAAUCUGGAAUCCCCAUCAUCAAGGCAGGAACUGUUGUCAAGCUCAUCGAGAGGUUGACUUACCAUAUGUAUGCAGAUCCCAACUUUGUUCGGACUUUUCUCACAACAUAUAGAUCCUUCUGUAAAUCUCAAGAGUUGCUGAGUCUGCUAAUAGAAAGGUUUGAAAUUCCAGAGCCUGAGCCAACAGAAGCUGAUCGUAUGGCUAUGGAGAAUGGAGACCAGCCUCUUAGUGCAGAGUUAAAAAGAUUUAGGAAAGAGUACAUUCAGCCUGUGCAGCUACGAGUAUUAAAUGUAUGUCGACACUGGGUAGAACACCACUUCUAUGACUUUGAAAGAGAUGCUGAUCUUCUACAACGUUUGGAGGAAUUCAUUGGAACAGUAAGAGGCAAAGCAAUGAAGAAAUGGGUUGAGUCUAUCACAAAGAUAAUCAACCGUAAAAAGCAGGCACAAGCCAUUGGAUCAAGUCACAACAUUACUUUUGAGAGCCCACCUCCGGCGAUUGAAUGGCACAUAAGCAAACCAGGACACACAGAGACUUUUGACUUGCUCACUUUGCAUCCAAUAGAAAUUGCUCGACAGCUCACUUUACUUGAGUCAGAUUUUUACAGAGCUGUGCAGCCAUCUGAACUAGUUGGAAGUGUGUGGACAAAGGAAGAUAAAGAAAUUAAUUCUCCCAACCUUCUCAAAAUGAUAAGGCAUACAACUAACCUCACUUUGUGGUUUGAAAAAUGCAUUGUAGAAACAGAAAACCUAGAGGAAAGAGUAAUUGUAGUGAGCCGAAUAAUUGAGAUCCUGCAAGUUUUUCAAGAGCUAAACAACUUUAAUGGUGUCCUUGAGAUUGUCAGUGCUAUGAACUCCGCAGCAGUGUAUAGGUUGGAUCACACAUUUGAGCAAAUUCCAAGUCGCCAGAAGAAGAUUUUAGAAGAAGCUUAUGAGCUGAGUGAGGAUCAUUAUAAGAAAUACUUGGCAAAACUCAGGUCCAUUAAUCCUCCUUGUGUGCCUUUUUUUGGGAUUUACUUAACUAACAUUUUGAAAACAGAAGAAGGCAACCCUGAAUUUCUAAAGCGACAUGGGAAAGAACUUAUAAACUUCAGCAAGAGAAGAAAGGUAGCUGAAAUAACAGGAGAGAUACAGCAGUACCAGAACCAGCCAUACUGUUUAAGAGUGGAAUUUGACAUCAGGAAAUUUUUUGAAAACUUGAAUCCAAUGGGAAACAGCAUGGAGACAGAAUUUACAGAUUAUCUGUUCAACAAGUCACUAGAGAUAGAGCCACGAAAUGUCAAGCCUCCACCAAGAUUUCCAAAAAAAUACAGCUAUCCUCUCAAGUCCCCAGGUGUUCGUCCCUCUAAUCCAAGGCCAGGUACCAUGAGACAUCCCACACCCCUGCAACAGGAGCCAAGGAAGAUUAGUUACAGCCGCAUCCCAGAGAGUGAGACUGAAACUACAGCAUCUGCACCAAACUCUCCCCGAACGCCUUUGACACCCCCCCCUCCUUCUGCUACUUCAAGUACUACAGAUGCCUGCAGUGUGUUUGACUCAGAUCCUUCAAGUCCUUUUCAUGCAAGAUCUGCUUCUGUGUCAUCCAUAAACUUUACCAAAUCUUCAGAUGAAGCUCAUGUCCCUCCUCCAGUUCCUCCACGAAGGCGACCAGAGUCUGCCCCAGCUGAAUCCUCCCCAUCAAAAAUUACUUCUGCGCACCUGGACAGCCCACCAGCAAUCCCUCCUAGGCAACCAACCUCUAAAGUGUAUUCACCAAGGUACUCAGUGCCUGACCGGACCUGCAUCUCUGACCCCCCUGAAAGCCCUCCUGUGUUACCACCACGAGAACCUGUGCGAACUCCAGAUGUUUUCUCUAGCUCACCACUACACCUUCAACCUCCACCACUGGGGAGAAAAAGUGAACUUGGUAACACCUUUUUCCCAAACAGUCCAUCUCCAUUUACUCCCCCUCCCCCUCAGACACCAUCUCCACAUGUAACACGGAGGCAUCUUCCAUCACCACCUUUGAUACCGCAAGAUGUGGACCUCCAUUCUGUUGCUGGACCACCUGUUCCUCCACGACAAAGCACUUCUCAACAUAUCCCAAAGCUUCCUCCAAAAACUUAUAAAAGGGAGCCCGCACACCCAUCAAUGCAUCGAGAUGGACCACCAUUGCUGGAGAAUGCCCAUUCCUCCUGAACUGUCCCUUGUGCCAGGAGUUGCAUUUUCCUGGUGCUACGUCUGUUGCUGGCAAUGGAUGCACUGAACCUGGUGGUGCCAAGGAGUUGGAAUGUUAUGCCAAACACUAAAAACUCUCUAAUAGAUUGGAAAUGCAGUGUACAGAAAUGGAAUUGCAAAGAAAGAUGUUCUAGUGGAAAAACUGGUUAACUUUCUAUUCUUGUUUUAGUAUGCAGGACAUUGUUCUAAAGUAAUUGGACAAUUGAUUGUACCAGAAAACAGAUUUGAGAGACUUCUUUGGCCAAUGAGCAGAGACUGUGUUUGUGUAAUGAUAAAUAAUGUCCAGUACAGGAAGAAAAACAGUCUUGUAUCCAUCAGUUCCAUACAGUGGCACAGUUCUUGGAAUGAAAACGUUAUGCACUUUUUAAAAUCUCAAACAGGGAACUUUAUAUCCUUGAUUUUCCUUUGGUUUACUCCCUGCUUUAAAAUACCUUCCUAAAUUAUGAGAAGGACUGUGAGGAAGAUCUGUGGUACCUAACUGAGCUAGAAUUAAGGCAAAGCACUGUAUUGCGGUCCUGUUUACAAGUUGUUACAAUGAGUAGUAGGGGGUACCUAGGCUUCACCAAAGAGGUACUUUAUUAUUAUUUUCUGAAAUACUAUGGUGCCAGUUCAAAAAUAAAUUUUUGCCAGGAAGCAUAAUGUCUAAUUAUUGCUUUCUUUAGAUAGAGCAGAUGAAAGUCUUAUAUCGUGAAGAUUAUGGCAAAUUUUUUUUAUAAUAAAAAGCAGCACUAUCAUCUGAAGUAAAUGUACUACUACAUUUAGAAGACUGUUAAUCUCUGCUAGGUUAUGUCACAUUCUUUUUAAGGUUUACUGAUAAUCCAUUUCAUGGCUAGUAGCUAUUCUUUUUCAGUCAUGCCAUAAAAACAGCCACUUGGGAAAGGGAGCACUCACUGGUCAACUUCCAUACCUGUUGUCAUGUUUUACUAACAAUAGAUUAAUCAGUGUAGAAUUGCCUUGCAGUUGCAUAAAUCGUGUAUAUAGUGAAUGUUGCAUAAAUAUAGUUGCAGAUUGUUUUUAAUUUAAUUGAAAUAAAGCUACAGAUAUGUUUGGCUGA